CCUCUCCCACCUGGCACUGGGAUGAUCUCCAAGGUCCCUCCCAACCCAAAGCAUUCCAUGAUUCUGUGUUUAAACCAUUCCAUCAUUCUGUGUUCUGCUGGCAUUGUUUGGGUUUCCAAUGUGGGUUUUUCCAUCAUCUGAUCCUUCACUGGGAUCACCUGUUCCACCUGGCACUGAGAUGUUCUCCAAGGUCCUUCCCAACCCAAACCAUUCCAUGAUUCUGUGUUUGAAGCAUGGAAGAUGCUGGGGUUUUUUGGGUUUGGAAUGUGGGUGUUUCCACCACCUGACCCUUCACUGGGAUUACUUGGCACUCAGCUGUGUGCUCAGAAGUGUCAAUGGCAGGGAUGCAGCCCUGUCACAGCAUCUCUUUGUGAGCAGGAAGGUGGUGGGAGCUGUCAGAAGAAUUAAAUGUGGCCCUUGGGCUCCUGAGGAGAUGUCAGUGCUCUCCUCAGGUGGAAGAGCUGCAUGCAUGCCUGGUUUAGACAGCGUGGGCGUCCAGCACGAGACCAGAGUGCAGCAUCAUGCAGGAGAUCGAGGAGGAACGCAGCCAGUGCCUGGCAGAGCUGACCUGGGACAACCAGACCUCAGGCUGCAGGAGGCAGUGGGACAACAUCACAUGUUGGCCUGAAGCAGAGGUGGGAGAAGUCGUGGUGCGGCCAUGCCCCAAGUACUUCAGAUUCCUGACCUCCUACCUGGGAAAUGUGACCAGGAAUUGUACAAGCCAGGGCUGGUCAGAUGUGUACCCUGCACCUUACGCUGUAGCUUGUGGCUAUGAUUCCAACAGCACGCCAGGGGAAGAGCAAACGGCGUUCUACGGAACGGUCAAGACCGGCUACACCAUCGGACACACCCUGUCCCUCAUCGCCCUCACGGCUGCCAUGAUCAUUCUGUGUCUCUUCAGAAAACUACACUGUACUCGAAACUACAUUCACAUGCACCUCUUCAUGUCCUUCAUCAUGAGAGCCAUCGCAGUCUUCAUCAAGGAUGUCAUCCUGUUUGAAAGUGGGGAGUCCGAGCACUGCUUCGUGAGCUCAGUGGGCUGCAAGGCCAUGAUGGUUUUCUUCCAGUACUGUGUCAUGGCCAACUUCUUCUGGCUACUGGUGGAGGGGUUGUACCUUCACACCCUGCUGGUCAUCUCCUUCUUCUCGGAGAGGAAAUACUUCUGGUGGUACAUCCUGAUCGGCUGGGGUGCCCCCUCCGUGUUCAUCACUGCCUGGACAAUUGUCAGGAUUUACUUUUUCGAUGUUGGGUGCUGGGAAGAAAUAGUGGAAUCCCCAUUCUGGUGGAUCAUUAAAACUCCUAUUUUGGUGUCUAUUUUGGUGAACUUCAUCCUCUUCAUCUGCAUCAUCCGUAUCUUAGUCCAGAAGCUGCAUUCCCCAGAUGUUGGGCACAAUGAAACCAGCCAAUAUUCGAGGCUGGCCAAGUCCACUCUGCUGCUGAUCCCUCUCUUUGGCAUUCACUACAUCAUGUUUGCUUUCUUCCCUGACAAUUUCAAAGCAGAAGUGAAGCUGGUCUUUGAGCUCGUGGUUGGGUCAUUCCAGGGGUUUGUGGUGGCUGUUCUGUACUGCUUCCUCAAUGGAGAGGUGCAAGCUGAGCUCAAGAGGAAGUGGCGGAGGUGGCACCUGGAGCGGUUCCUGGGCUCGGACAUGAAGUACCACCACCCUUCCCUGGGCAGCAACGGCACCAACUUCAGCACCCAGAUCUCCAUGCUGACCAAGUGCUCGCCAAAGACGCGCCGCUGCUCCGGCUUCCAGGCCGAGUUCUCCCUGGUGUGAGGGGCUCCCCAGGCACUGAGCAUCCAAAGCUGAGACACGAGGAUCCCCGGGACUCAGUGAUCCCAUGACAAACCCCUGUGAAAUGACCUGCUCCACAUGAGCCAACAGAGGACACACAACUGGAAAAGCCGCUGGCAUCCAGGAUGAGAUCGGACAAGCCAAGAGGCAGAGGAACACUUUUGCUCUCCCUCUUUUCAGGCCUUUCACUCUUCAAUUUCAAGCCCUCAGGGAUUGAUAGCUCUGAGGAAUUGCCCAAGUUGCUUGAGGACAGCCUGGGAGAUGCUGGUGUGUCAUAAAUAAUGAAAUACUGGGGUAAGGGAGGGAGAGCCUUAGUCCUCAAUGGCUUUACCAGAACUGGCAUCUCUAAAACAGACAAAUUGCACUUUUUUUUUUCUAAAAAAUGAGCCAGUAAAGGAGAGACAGACGCAGGAAGCAGGGAAAAAAAACCACCAAACAUAUGAAUGUGCCAAAAUUCCUGUGAAUAAGAGGUGAUGAUACAGCACCAAAGAUGGUGCUGGGGACAUGGGGAGAAGGGACAGGAGGAACAUGAGCAGGAAUGGAGAGGCCAGCACAUGGCCCCCACGUUUUACACAGGUGGAGAUGAAUCUGCAGCACCAGGAGAGCCCCUCAGAGGAUGCCCCAGUGUGUUCUGCUAAUUCCCCACCAUCCUUGGGAGCAGGAGCUUUCCAGGAACCCUGUGGAAGAGCAGAUCACUGAGAAGGACCAGCGUGAGGACGCCCUUCUCUGCACUGUGUUGGUGACACGGUGCUUUGCUUGGUUGUGUUCCAUGAACAGGAAACUCAAUUUGCAUGUAUAAAAAUCAGGGCCAGAUGCCAAAAGCAGAGCACGGCUGUGUUUUUUCAUUCUCUUUAAGUUGUCCCAAAGAUCUCGGUGCAUGGAUGCACCCAGGAUAAUUAGGGAUCAGGGGGAAAUAAUUGGGAUGUAAUUCAUUUGCACUUGCUUAGCACACACUGUCAGGAAAGGGAAAUAUAGGGCCCUGUAAUCCUUAAUUGAGUCACAGCUGCCAUAAGGAGCCAUUCUCCAGAUGAAAAAAAUUAGUGUCACAGCAGCAGGUGAAAUUGCUUUCAUCAGAACAAGGUUGUCUCAGCACACAACUGGCACUCCAGAAGGGAGGAAGGAGUGAAGGAGCUAUUAAAUGGAUUUCUUCUUCAGCUUUUGUGGGGAGCUUUCAUCCUAUAUGAAGGCAUUGUUAGACGUUUAAGAUGUAUAUGUGCAUUUUACCUCUUUUCUGAAGGCCUGUUAGUUUCCAUCCAGGGGCAAUUCCUACUUGAAGAAUGCACAUGGAUCCCAUUAAAACCAAGGGAGUAGGGUUUUUUUAAUUCUUGUUUUCAUGGUGGAGAGGCAAAGGAGAAAUGUUAAAGCCCAGUCCUGCUCAUUUCAGGCAACCCUACAGUCCCAAACUCAAAAUACAGGGUACAGAUGUUCAUGUUUGUGUCCCACUCAGCUGCAUCGAGUGGGGUUGAAAAAGUUUUGUGCUGAGGGUGGGAAAUCCCUGCCCUUCUCAUGUGUACCCUCAGUAAUUGGGCUGCUGCCAUGCUACUGAAACAUGUCUUCGUGAAGGAGUGUCUGGGUCACCAACACAGGCACCUGGAGAGGGAGGUGGGCUCCUCUUUUAGAGCUCAGAGUCCUCAACUUACCUGCUUUAUUUCUCCAAAAUGAAAUGCAGCUCACUGGAGGGAAGCACCUGCAGCCUGGUGGGGUUGGGGGGUGUUGGCCUUAAGCAAAGGGUGCCAACAAACCACACUGAGCCCAGGAGGAGAUUUGCAGAUCCAGCUCCUUUCUGUGUCCUGACAGGGCAGAGUUCCAUGCCAUCACCAUUCCCAGAGCCUGUUAUCAGCUGAGCUGGAUGCUCCCAAAGUAUUUCUCCAGCUCUGGGAACAGCGUGGGGGGCUGGAGUCAGUAAAGGGCCAUUAGGAACUGUGAUCCACCAAGGGCAAACUUGCAGUCCUGAGUUUGCAGGGAGCCAGCUCAGAUCCUGUCACAGUGCAGCCCUGGCUACCCAGCCUGUAGGUCCUAAAACUACAGGAAGAUGUGAAAAUUCCUGAAAUUACAGUGCUGGUGACCCCAGGCUGGCCAGGUGUGAGCCAGCUUUGUUAUGGCUACUUUACACUGAGCCCACAUCAACAGUGAGGGUACAACUCUGACGUGCCAUAAAAUCAUCAAAAUGCAACUCCCUGAUUCCCAAAAUGCAGAAAAAAUAAGAGGAUGCUCAAAAUUUCCCCAAUUUUCUUGCAUUGAAGCCCUUAUGCCUUGACACCCCUCAAACAAUAUCCCAUUGAAAUCCACAAGGUUCUCAGAGGCAAGAACCUUUGAAGUGGUCCUGGUCAGAGUACAAGAAGAGUUUGGAUGAUGCUCUCAAGUCCUUGGUGUGGUUUUUGGGGUUGUCCUGUGCAGGACCAGGAGCUGGACUCGAUGAUCCUUGUGGGUCCCUUCUAACUCAGGAUAUUCCGUGAUUCUCUUUGUGUUUGGUGCUUGUGUUGCUCUGCUGAGCAUUUUCAGACCUGGAUUAGGACUCACCCAGGAAAUACUGGAGAAAUCCCACCAGUACCUCCAGUUCUUCUGCUGUGCCUGGUUCAAAGCAAGGACUUGACCUGCAUUUUCCAGGUGAAUUAUUAACUUCAAGGAAACCCAGAAUAAGCAAAGGAAAAUUCUGUCUCAGCUUCCAAGUUGAUGUAAAAUGCUUUGUCUCACUGGUUCAGAGCUUUGAAGCAAUGUCAGUCUGGGAAACAUUGGAUCCAUCAGGCUGCAAAGUCAUUCCCCCUGUUCAUCUGUCAUGAUAAUAUUUAUACACAACAAAACUGAUGGGCUGCAGAGGAACACUGCCCAAUCUUGGGAAUGCAUCCACUGAGGUGUGAACUGGAAUUUCAGGUCCCAGCCAAGCAGCAGAGGAGCUGGAGCACAGAGCUGUAGAGCAGAAGUGCAGCACCACUGCCAGCAGCCUCCUUUGUGGGAUGUGAGGGAAUCCCUUCCCAUCUGUUCCAGGCAGCCUUGCUGGGGGGAAAGCCUGUGAGCCAUCCUGUGAGACACACGGAGCAUUUUCCCUCUGGUCUUCCCUUUCCUCUCCCUGUGCUCCCUUUUCCUCUCAGUUUUCAGGAGGAAAUCUGUGUGUUUGCAGCUUUUCUUGUGUUCCAGCCCUGUGCUAACCCCUGCCAGAACCAGCCAAGUGCCAAAGACAGCCAGCAAAGGUUUGCCUUUUGGAGAUGUGACAGGGAAAAACCCCAGCUGGUUAUUUACCCUCACCACAGGCUCCUCUGCAGCCUGUCACACUCCCCACCAGGCUGUUCUGCACAGGAACAUGAAGAUGGGAUGUUCCCUAAGCUGAGGGGGCUCCUUCAAAAAGUGUGGAGUACACCAGCAUGCCAGAGCUGUGCUCCCAGGCACCCUAGUGACAAUUAUUUCAUUACUGACCAUCCAGCCACGCCUCCUCUCUGCUGUCAAGGGUGUUUGAGGGAUGAAAUGAACGUGCUGAAUGGACCCGCUGUGACAGGCAUGGCAAUGUCAGCGAUGCAGAGCUGCCAGCCCAGCUGCCUUGGCCCCGUGUUCCAGGAAAACAGAGGAGCUGGGGGUGGAAUCACUGUAUAAAGAGUGAAAUCUUCUCACUCUGAGGACGUGAGCAAUCAAGUGAAUGAUUACAUUGGGAUUGGGCCCUGUUUGACUGGCUUAGUGCAGGAAUUUGGCUGCAUAACUUGGCCUGGCCUACUCUGAUUUUCAUCCAGCUCAUCAAUAAAAUGGAAUUCAAGGACUUCACUGCAGAUGACAACGUGGAGCGAGCUGUCCUGGCCCCAUGACCUGGCCCUGUCCUGGCCCCACACAGAGCACAGAACAGAGCUCAGCACUUUUGCUGCUCCCCCAGCUCCAGCCUGACGCCAGAACUGACCCCAGCAGGGCAACUGCAUCCAUUUGCUGCAUCAAAGACCAGAGAUGUGCCUCCUGAAAGGUAUUAAAGGAGAAAAGGAGACUCAGGGCUGCCCUCAUCACUCUGCACAGCUCCUGAAAGGUGCCUGUGCUCAGCUGGGGCUGGGCUCUUUCUCCAGCAGCACUGACACAACCAGAGCACACAGCCUCCAGCUGCACCAAGGGAAAUACAGGCUGGAUAUCAGGAAAAAGUUUUUCACAGAAAGAGUGAUAAAGUUCUGGAAUGGCUGCCCGGGGAGGUGGUGCAGUCCCCAUCCCUGGGUGUGUUUAACAAAGCCUGGAUGUGGCACUGGGUGCCAGGGUUGAGUUGAGCUGUUGGGGCUGGGUUGGACUUGAUGGUCUUGAAGGUCUCUUCCAGCCUGGGGAUUCUGGGAAUUCUGUGAAAGCUUCUUCUGCCUCUGCUAAAAGGCACAGAUGUGUUUGAGGAUCAUGAAUGUGGGCUCCAAAACUCUUUAUAGAAAUAAAGCCAAAUUCUGAUCCUGCUUGCACCAAUCACCUCACUGCAGGACUACUGAAUUACACCAGCAUUAAACUGGGAUUUGCCUUCAAAAUAAUUCCUUUUUCUUCAUUCUGGAGCUGCUUACCCCCUUUUUAUAUCAGGGAUAGAGUAUGCCCCCCUGUUCUAUGCUUCAGUGAUUGAAUUAUUUAAAACUGAUAAUAAGUACAGAACAAUUAAAAUAUAAACAAUAAAUUAUUGUCAAGGUCUGGAGGUACCAGGUUCAGUGCUAACAUUAGAUUGCAGAUAUUUCUGUUCAGCUGGGACCUGUGUUGCUCUGUGACCCUCUCACAAACAGCAAGAAAUGAGAAUAUGACCCUGUUUAGAGUUUAGAAAAUAAAUUCUGUUGCAGAAUUUUAGGGGCAUUAAAAUCAAACAAGUUUUUAAAAUCAGAGUUAUGUAUGCAGGAGCAGCAGCAUUACUGUGGAAUGAAAAGGGGGAAAGGUCAGAAGAUGAAAGAUCUGAGCAUUUUGUUUUAUUUUUGGCUUGUUUGGGGUUUUUUGCUAAGAAAAAAAAGUGAUGUUUUUCUCAAGGAAAGUGUUGAUGGAGAAAAGAUAUUUUAUACAUGAACUAAUCAUCAGAUAUCCUUUUUUCUCUAUAUCCCACUGGCUUCCCAUUCAUCUCAAAAGCAAUGAGGGUCAUGUCUGUGCCACAGGCCAGAGGGAUUAAACCCAAAUCUCUGCUCCAAUCUGAUGGGAAUGCUUUCAGAGAGAAAUGCACCUGCUGAUUAAUGGAAGAUUGCUGAUAGCUUUUCAAAAGCAAAACGAAGUUCCAAAGAAAGCUCAGCAGUGAAUGAACACCACUUGGCUCCAUGACAGGGAUUGAAGGGGUUUGGGGGGAUUUUUUUUGUCUCCAUUCCUUCCAGCUUCACCCCAGGGUUUAAACAAGGGGAAAGGAAAUAUGGGGAAAGAAAAUACAAAAUAAUUUCAGACUAAAAGGUAAUCUCUCAAACUGGGAAGUGCCAAUAUGUGUCUCCAUGAAGCUUAUUUUACUCUCACCACACAGGUACAUCUUUGAUUUGGUAAAUGGACUGUGGAAACACAGGUGGACCAGAAGCAAAGUCCCUUCUCUGGCAGGUGAAUGCAGCUGUAACAGGAAAGCCCACAUAAAACAUUCCUCCUGCUGUGUCCCACUGGGUGUUUGGCACAGCCCAGGCUCCCUCCCAGCCUUGUGCUUCCCCCCCCGGCAUCUCUGCAGCCAUGAAUGUGCCAAACUCCUGGGGACAGGGAUUGCAAUCCUGAAUUCCCUGGCUCACAAUGCAAAUUUGCACUUUUCCCACCCCGGUGCUGAUGGGGCCAGCACCACGAAGCUGCUUCACUGGAGACGAACCUUGAGGAGCAGGGCUCACACACACCCACAUGCAUCCAGAAGGACUCUGCUGGCAUCAUUCAGGCACUAAACUGCUGUAAAAAGGAAAAUAUUCCAGUCCCAGACUGGCAGGUGGAGUCAGAUGUCCCAAAAUGUGGAUUUCAAUACAUUUCUUUUCAGUCAGUCAGCUUUUCAUCCCCUCUCCAAACCCAGUAUUUGCAUUUCAGUCUGAUGAGGUAUAAUUACAGUGACUGACCUUGUUAUUUCCCCUGGAGACCUGUGCAGAUGAAAAUAUGGCUUUUAAUCAGGAGUUUUUUGAGUGCACAGAUCAUCUUUUCCACCUCUUCCUGAAUGUCCUAACUUGCAUGACGUUGUCCUAUAUCCUGAAGAGCCCUGGGUUUGAAAUUCUGGUUAUUUCUAGAAUACUGUGAAAUCACAGGGGAGAAAGCAAAUAUUUGGGACUGGAGGCUACAGGUGUGUAAGGAAAAUAAUGCCCACUUGUGUGCUGAGUGCACACACAUUGGCAGCAGCAGAG